AUGUCAAUGGUUUCCUCUGCCAUCCCUCACUUUUAUUCAUCAUUAAGCUUGGGUUUCUCCACUAAAAUCCCUCGUCUCGCCGUUUUUUCUCGGUAUCGCAAUCUCUAUUCGAAGUCUUUCACUGUUAAAGCUUCAGCCUCUUUGGAUUAUUCAACCGAUAAAUCAUCUAUCUCAUCAAAGACUAGCAGCUGGCAAUGGAAAUUCAAGGAUAAUUCUAUCAAAAUACAUUACGAGGAGCAUGGAGACGAGAGUAAUGCAGCAACCAAAAAUAUUCUGAUGAUGCCAACUAUUUCAGAUGUGAGCACAGUGGAAGAAUGGAGAUUGGUGGCUAAAGACAUCCUUCAACAAUCUGGAAAUGUUAAUUGGCGAGCCACCAUUGUUGAUUGGCCUGGUCUUGGUUAUUCUGAUCGCCCAAAGCUAGAUUACAAUGCUGAUGUCAUGGAAUCUUUUCUUGUUGACUUCAUCCUUGACCAAAAUAGUCCAAUAGGGAAAGACUUGGUGAUAAUUGGUGGAGGGCAUGCUGCAACUAUAGCAAUCCGUGCUGCUAAAAAGGGUUUGGUCAAACCAACUGCCAUUGCUGCUGUUGCUCCCACAUGGUCUGGUCCUCUUCCCAUUGUAUUUGGUCGUGAUUCCAAGACAGAAACAAGGCACACCUUAAGGGCCCCAGGUGUAGGUUGGAUGAUGUAUAAUAUACUAGUAAGCAACAAGAAAUCCAUCCAAUCCCAAUAUAAAUCCCACGUGUAUGCUGACUCAGCAAACGUGACACCUGCCAUAAUCGAAAGCAGAUACGAGCUCACGAAACAGAAAGGGGCCCGUUAUGUCCCGGCUGCUUUCUUAACGGGUCAACUUGACCCGGUGAAGACCCGUGAAGAGUUUGUUCAACUGUUUAAAGGGUUAGAGGGUAAAGUACCGGUUUUAGUUGUGUCGACCUCUGGUGCACCAAAGAGGUCGAAAGCAGAAAUGGAAGCUCUUAGAGAAGCUAAAGGUGUUACUAAGUUUGUUGAGGUUCAAGGAGCUCUACUUCCACAUGAAGAAUACCCUCAUUUGGUUGCUAGAGAGCUUUAUAGUUUCUUGCAAGAUUUAAUAAUAUAA